AUGUCUGGAGAUCCAAAAGAAGUACGAUUCUCAAAUUCAGCAAGUGAACAUAAUCAAGAAUCACAACUUGAAUCUCAAAACCAAACCAAUAAAGAAGGGAAAUAUUUUGAAAGUGAUGCUGGUGAUGGAACAAAAUCAACUGAUCAACACUUACAUGGUUGGAAAUUAGUAACUACAUUAUUCUCAUGUUUAUGUUGUUUAUUUUUAACAGCUCUUGAUCAAACAAUCGUUGUGACAAUAUUGGAAACUGUGGGUAAUAAAUUCCAUAAUUUUGAACAGAUAGGUUGGUUAUCAUCUGGAUUUUUACUUACAACAUGUGUAUUUGCAUCAGUAUGGGGGAAAUUAUCAAUUAUAUUUGGUAGGAAAAAUGUUUUCUUAUUUGCUGUUUUAGUUUUUGAAAUUGGUUCUUUAAUUUGUGCAUUAGCAAAUUCAAUGAGUAUGUUGAUUGUUGGUCGUGUUAUUGCUGGUAUUGGAGGUGGUGGUAUCCAAGUAUUAAACUCUAUUAUAAUCACUGAAGUGGUGAAAAUGAGUAAAAGAUCAUUGGCUACAAGUUUAAUAGGUGUUGUCUUUGGGAUUAGUAGUAUCAUUGGUCCGUUAAUUGGUGGUGCUUUCACUUCAAAAGUUUCUUGGAGAUGGUGUUUUUAUAUAAAUUUACCAGUUGGCGGGUUUGCAGCUGGUUGUAUUUUGAUUUUCUUCAAUCCUCCAAGAGUUAAAAAUCCAAUAAAGAACCAAUUGAAAACUAUUGAUUAUAUUGGUAUUGCAUGUAUUUCAAUUGGGUUAACAUUGAUUUUGUUGGCUCUUUCAUUUGGUGGUACGCAAUUUCCAUGGAAAUCUGCAGCUGUUAUUUUAUGUUUUGUCUUAGGUGGAAUAUUCUUAAUUUUGUUCACAAUUUGGAAUUUCAAAUAUUCAAAAGAACCAAUAAUACCAUUAGAAAUCAUUGAAGUACCACAGGUUGUUACAGCAGCUAUUUGUCUUGGAUUCUCAUUCUUCUUUUAUAUGGGUAUUAUCCUUUAUUUAGGUGUUUAUUUCCAAGUUGUUAGAGGUGCUGAUGCAUGGUUAUCUGGUGUUUCAUUACUACCAUUGAUCUUGACAAAUGUCGUUGCUUCUAUUGGUAUUGGUUAUCUUUUGAAAAUAACUAGAUAUGUUAAACCUUAUUCACUUUUUGCCGCCUUUUUGGGUCCUCUAGGAUGUGGUAUCUUGGCUUUAUUAAAAGUUCAUUCAUCAUCAUCACAAAGAAUUGGACUUUUAAUCCCAGUUGGUGUUUCAAUGGGGUUUCAAUUCCAAACAAGAAUAUUUGAAGCUCAACUUAGAGCACCUAAGACUCCUGGUGGAUUAAUCUUGACAAUGUCAUGGAUGAACUUUAUAAGAACUUUAGGAGGUACUCUAGGUGCAGAAUUAUCUCAAACGGUAUUUAAUUCAUCUUUUAAAAACAAAAUUGGUAAUUUAAUAGCUAAAGGUGAUAUCAUGAAUGUUUCAGUGCCUGAAGCUAUGAGUUUUAUUUCAUUCCCAGAUUCGAUUAAAAGUUUACCGCAAAAUGAACAAGAUUUAGUUUAUGAAUGUGUUAUGGAUUCCCUGAGGAAUGUUUUCUAUACAUGUGCAGCUUCUGGUGGUAUUUCAUUGAUUUUUUCAUUUUUUACCACAAAUAGAAGGCUACCAAAGGAUGAUACCGUCGCAACCAAUAAAAACAAAGAUGAUGAUUUGAUUGAAUCUAAUGCGUCGAAUGAAUCAAAUAAUUUAAAAGAUCCUGAGAGUAAAGAUGAGAAAAGCAUACAAAAUCAGCUAAUAGAUACCCGUGAUAAGCAAGAAUAG